AUAAUCGAUCCCGUUGUUGGUUUCUUCUGCUCCUAUGAAAAUUUCAGUAUUAGAGUGGAAUGGUGCCAAUUAUUUAUGCCGCGAUGAGAAAUCCUCAAAUCCAUCUUUGGCAAAAGCGAACCGUUCUGUUUUUUUUUUUUUUUUUUUUUAACACCCUUUACUUAAUAUCAAGGUGGUAUUUUUUAGGAGAUAGCUUGCAUAAAGAUUUUCGGAAUUUGUGUUUUACUCCGAAUAGAUGCGACCAACGCCUGAACGUCCCAAGGACAGGCUUUUAGCGGCAUCUAUUGCAAAUCGCCACACCCCUUAUAUAGUUACGAAAAUAUACAGGUUAUUGAUCAAUGCGUUUCGACCAGCACUGAACUAAAAGGACUUUGUCUAGGAGCGUUAAGUUUCCAAAACUAGUAUUCGUUCGCUAAUUGCUCAACAUUAUUUGUGUCGAGAUGGGGCGCGCUCGUAUGGCUUUUGACGUGCAAAUAAUGGGGGUUUGAUUGAUAAUUCGCAUGACAUUUGCAUGUAACGGAUGAAUUUCUUUGUCCUUGACUUUAGUUUUCAAAUGAGCGCUGGUUCAAUGUUGCCUCGAUCGUACACCAGGUGACAGUCGAUCGUUGAACAAUCCGACGCACAAAAAUAAUGCAAACCAAUGCAAUUUCCCGGUUAAAAACUUAAAUAUCUAUAAGAAAUGGCUCCCAGUGGUAUGACCAAUGCUUCUUUAGCUGGAGUUUGUGCAGCUUUUGCUGGAAUAUGUGCCAAAUUUGCGCUUUCACCGGAGAACCCUCAAGUACUAGUCCGAAUCUUGGAUCCUUACAUUCCACCAUCCUAUAACUCAUGGAUGAUUAGAGGCUUUUUUGCAUUAGCUACACUCACCUUCAACUCUCUGAUGCUUACGUUGACUGCCAAGGCACUGCAGUUGUGUCCAACAACAGUUCAAUCAGUUGUGACAACUUCAGCUGUAAAUUUCCUAGUCACAGGAAUCUUGGGGACGGUGUUCCUUGGAGAGUAUGUUGGUUUCAUCGGAAUUAUUGGAAUGAUUUUCAUUCAAGUAGGGGUUCUAAUCAUAAGUAAUGAAAAGGAAAAGGUAGACUGAUGUUGAUCUCAUGUUAUUACAAAUUCAAUGCUACAUAAACACUUCAUGUGAAUUACACUCUGGGCAUUUCCCCCUGUAAUUUCUUUACUGCCUCGUCAUCUUGUAAAGACAUUUGUGUCAAUUUCCUGCCAACACGUUCAUGAAUAUCCAAAUAUUUUGCUACACAACGAUCUAGACAAACUGAUUCACCCUUGACCAGUUCAGCAUCUUUAUACUUAGGGGGUAUGCACUUCUUGUGGCAAGCAGCAGUCAUCCUGUUGUACAUGUCGGACAUCAUUUCAAUUUCCAGAUCUUGUACCAACUGCAUUUUUGCUGCAUCCAUCUGAGGUAUUGUGGCUGCCAUUUUGUUGUUAGGAAAUGUUUUUUCUAGUUCUAAAACUUUCGAGUGCUUGGUUCGUAUUCACCAACGUUGGAAUUUUUCAUACGAUCUCGACUUUUCAUAUGCUCGUAUCUUUGCUUGUCCACGACUGAUUUCGCUAAAGCGAAGCUUCCAAGCCCAGUUAUUACCAAUAUGGCCCUGUAGAAAGAUAAUAAAAUUAGUAAUUUCCUUCUUAUUUUAUUUUAAUAUGAAUGAUGAUACAUUACCAGCUGAUGUUAACUUUCGUUAUUCGGUUCAUGGAUUAACCAAAAAACCGAUUACUGGACAGAGAAUUUAC